CAGUUCUGCUGACAGUCUGCUGCAUGAGGAGGAAGAAAAAGACAUCCAACCCAGAAAACAACCUGAGCUAUUGGAAUAAUGCUAUCACCAUGGACUACUUCAACAGGCACGCUGUAGAGUUACCAAGAGAGAUCCAGUCUCUGGAGACUUCAGAGGACCACCUCUCCGAGCCACGCUCCCCUGCCAAUGGUGACUACCGUGACAGUGGGAUGGUCCUUGUCAACCCCUUCUGUCAAGAAACGCUAUUUGUAGGACAUGAGCAAGUCUCUGAAAUAUGACCCCACAGCUGCCCAGGUAUUGCAGUUUCAUCUCUACUGUCUCCAAAUUAUAAAUAAAUAUAUAUAUUAUAAAUAUAACCUUUGUGUAACCCUGAAUUACAAGAAAUGUUUUCAGCUUUUCUUUUCUCCCUCAGAAUUGUCAGCCCCUUUUUUAUAAGUGUGGUAAAACUUUACAGAACAAACUGUGGCUUUAUAAAAUAAAAGUAUUUCUAAGC